GAGGAGUGCCGGGCCAGCUCCAGCAGACGGCAGCGCGCGGCGCCGGCAUGGCACAGCACGCCUAGGCCAGAGUGACACCAUGGCUCCCGUCUCCCGGAGGGGUCUGGCUCCGCUGGCCGCUGUCAGCUUGGCCGUGCUGAUCUCCAGUGGACACUGCCUGUUCAACCUGCGGCCGCUGCUCGGCAAGGAGUACUCCCGGCCGAUCCUGGACGACCUGGACAACUCCGUCGACCUGACGUUCCGGGACGACCUCCUCGGCGAUGUGGUGCGCGUGGCUACGGAAGAGGUGGAGGACCUCCGCCGCAGCGACAGCCAAGCCGGGGCAGAGCAGGACAUCCGGUACACGUCGCGCCUGCACUCCAUGCACCGGCGUCCCCUGCCGGAGGUGAAGAAUGACUCGUACUUCGCUCUGACAGCAGUGCGGGCCACCAAGCUACUUCAGGAAAGGCUGGCAUUGUCCGGGGAGGACGUCAUGUUUCGUCUGCCGCUCUAUGACCUGAGGCUGACCCGGCUCGGCAACCUCUGCCCUCCGCAUCACGGCGUUGAGUACCCCAGCUGCGAUCUCAACAGCAAGUACAGGAGUGUCGACGGCACCUGCAACAACGUCAAGUUCUCGUGGUGGGGCAGUGCCAAGUCGGCUUUCGUGCGGCUACUUCCACCGGACUACGGCGACAGUGAGUGUGCUGUCAAUGACGCAAGUGAAUCAACUUUCCAAAUAUUGAUUGCAAAAUGUAACGUGUUAUGCGAGUUUGAGAAAAGCACUGGCGGCUUCAUCGCCCCAACAUUGAGUGAUGCCUAUCGACUCUGUCUCUCCCUUUCGAGGCUUGAGGUGGACAGUCCACGCGCCGCCUGCCUGUCGCAGCGGUUGGUGCCGGCUGGCCGCUCCGAGCGCAUCUCGCUGAUGGUGAUGCAGUGGGGCCAGUUCCUCGACCACGACCUCUCCCACACGCCGAUGAACACAGCGACGCUGUACGGGAGUCCGAUCUCGUGCUGCUCGCUGCCGCCGCAGCUGCAGCACCCAGACUGUUUCCCGAUCGCGAUCCCGCGGACGGACAGCCUGUACCGGCAGUCUGGCCAGAGCUGCAUGGAGUUCGCCCGCUCCGUAGCCGCCGUCCACAACGGCUGUGGUCUGGGUCCCAGAGAGCAGGUCAACCAAGUUACGUCAUUCGUUGACGGCUCUGGCGUCUACGGAAGUUCUGACGGUGAACUGCAGCAGCUGCGGCAAUACGAGGGGGGCAAGAUGAAAAUGACCGGUUCUCUGCUUCCCACUACUGAUGGCGACGGUAGCUGCAUCCGACAGAGGACCGAUGUCAAGUGCUUCCAGGCCGGUGACAUCCGGGUGAACGAGCAGCCCGACCUGACCACGCUUCACACGCUCUGGGUCAGAGAGCACAACCGAGUGGCCGGCAAGCUGGAACGAUACUGCUCCGGAUGGGACGACGAAAAAUUAUUCCAGGAGUCCCGCCGACUGGUGGCAGCGAUGAUCCAGCACGUCACCUACAGCGAGUGGCUGCCGGUCGUGUUAGGCGAUGACCUCGUGACCCGACAUGACCUGGCGCCGGCCAAGAGUGGGUUCUACGGCGGCUACAGCCCCAACGUGGACCCGACCAUCGCCAACGUGUUCGCUACAGGGGCUAUGAGGUUCGGCCACACGCUCGUGCCGGACCACCUGCUGCUGUUCACGCCCUGGCACACCAAGCUGGCCGGCGUCUCACUGCACAAGAGCUUCUUCCGGCCCCACUCACUCUACCAUCCGGGCAGGAUAGACGAGUACAUGGCCGGCCUGGCCAACGCCAACAGCAGCGAAGCGGACAACUACCUGGUGGACACCAUCAGGAACCGGCUGUUCGCGCCGCCGGGGCAGGCGUUCGGGCUCGAUCUCGGCGCUCUCAACAUCCAGCGCGGCCGGGACCACGGCCUGCCCUCCUACACGCUGUGGCGUCGGGCGUGCGGCCUCUCGCCCGAGGUGAACGCCUUCGCUGACCUCAAGGCCAUCAUGAGUCCUCGCGCUGUCGCCAGGCUCAUCGCCACCUACACGCGCGUAGACGACAUCGACCUGUACGUGGGCGGCCUGCUGGAGACGCCACCAGACGGCGCCCUGGUCGGCCCCACACUCGGCUGUCUGAUGGCGCACCAGUUCCAGACGCUCAGACGCGGCGACCGCUUCUGGUACGAGAACGGCGAAGAGCCGCACUCGUUCAGCGCAGACCAGCUGGCCGAGCUCCGUAACGUCACGCUAGCCAAGGUCAUCUGCGAUAACUCGGCCCUCGCCACGAUACAGCCCAGCAUCAUGAUCAAGCCCGGCGAAGGGAACGCGCGGGAGAAGUGUCGCCGGCUGCCAGGUCUGGACCUGCGCCGCUGGGCGGUGAUACCGGUGCACCCGCCGAUCCUGCCGCCCUCCCAGCCCAAACCGGAGGCGGUGAUACCGGUGCACCCACCGAUCCUGCCGCCGUCCCACCCGGACCCGGUGGCACCGCAGACGAGCAUGAUGAUGCCACCGGCUACGAUCACCAUCGCCGCCUCGCUCUGGCCGACGGCGCCCGGCAAGCCGCUGGUGUUCGUCAUCGGCGGCGACGGCGGCCGGCCGGUGCUCACCGUCAUCCCCCGUCCUGUGGUGCCCGCCGGAUCGUCCGCCACUGCCGUCCCGCCUCAGGUCAUCAUCUCCCCCUCGCGGCCCUCGGGGCAGGCGGUGACCUCGCUUCCGCCCGAGGCCACCCUGUCGCCGCCGGCGCCGCUGUUCCCGUCCGGCUUCGACCCGGACUUCCCCGACAUUCCACCCGGUGAGACGAUCGCCAUCGAGCCUCCCUACCCGGAAUCAGAGCCGCUCGAGCCGGGCCCGACGACAGUUGUCUUCAUCCCCGAGUACCCGGACGAAGGCGGCGCGCCGCCCGGGCCGACCGAGCAGCCCUCACUGCCCACCCUGGAGCCGUCUGUGGAGGAGGUGGCGCCCUCGGCGACGCAUCCCAGCGGCGCGGGUCUGCCGAUUGGCUGUGAGGCAAUCGGCGCGUGGCGCGCGAUCCCCGGCAUGGACCAGUGGUGCACGUCGAACUGCCUGAUGAAGAACCCGCCGUUCUGUCCCGCCACUCACUGCCUCUGUGCGUAG